AUGCUUUUGCAAUUUCUAUGCUAUGCUUUUUACUGUAUUCUGUCUGCAACGGCUUUCAAUAAUCUACCAAAACAGUAUGAAGUGAAUCUGAAUGUUCAACCAGAAGAUCGAUGGGAUGAAGUAAUUGCUGAUCACAUUCCAUAUCUUUCUCAAAUUAAUGAAAAGAUCAAUACAUAUUAUAAAUAUCCAUUCGAUGGAUUUUUAUGCUGGCUAAGUGAGAAAAUCGCAUUGUCAUUUCCAGAGGAAUAUAUACGAGAAAUGACUGGGAUUGCUAACAAAUCGGGUAUUCAGUUUUGUCACAUUAUUGGCUUGAAUAUUCUAUACGAUAUCACUAACUACAAUAAAUUAAUAUCAAAUGGAUUAGGAUGUACGUCAAUUGUAACAGAGGAUAUCAAUGGUCGGAUAUUACAUGGCAGAAAUUUGGAUUAUGGUAUGACCGACCUGAUGAAAAAUUUAUCUAUUUUAGUACAUUUCAAAAAAAACAAUGAGAUUGCAUAUUCGGCGUUAACUUUUGCUUUCUUUGCGGGCGUGACGACAGGUCAAAGGCCAAAUGCAUUCACGCUUAGCCUUAACGCUAGAAAAACUGGCUGGUAUGUGUUCACGAUUCUCAUGGAAAUUUACACAUCCUUCAAAUCUCCCAUAGGAUUUGCUUUGAGACAAACACUGGAACAAUCAAGAAAUUAUGAUGAAGCAUUGAAUCGAUUGAGUGAGAUCCAUUUCGUCGCACCCAGCUAUCUUAUCCUAGCCGGUAUGAGAAGUGGUGAAGGGGCCAUCAUUGUAAGGGAUCGAUGGGGAGUUGCAGAUGUAUUAACGAUAAAUAAGACUAGAGGUCAAUGGUACAUAGUACAAACAAAUUAUGAUCGAGGAGAUCAAGAAGACCAGCGAAGGCAUGUUGCAGAGGAAAUACUUGAUCAUCUCGGUUCAUCGAGCAUUAAUGAAGAAUCUUUGCUGCGAGUGUUGAAUACAUACCCUAUCAAUAACAAGUAUGAUUUCAUUCAUAGCAUACCUACACAUCGUAUAAAUUUAUCUCUACGACUUUCCCCACUGUGA